AUGGACGAUUACAAAGGCCCUAUAGAAAAGUUUGUACUGUUGGGCGACACAAACACUGGUAAAACAGUUACUCUCACUGGAAUUCGUGGUGAUUUAAACACAAACACAAUCAAUACAAUUGGCGCCGCGUUCACAACAAAAUGGUUUUAUGUUGACCGGAUGUUUGUUAAAGCACAAUUUUGGGAUACUGCCGGAGUUGAACGAUAUCGCAGUCUAUUACCAAUGUAUUACAGAGGAGCAAACGCCACAAUUUUCUUUUAUUCUGUAAAUAAAAAGGAAUCAUUCCAACUUCUUGAUCGACUUGUUAAUGAAGUAAAAAACAUGACACAAAAUGGUAAUUACAUGAAAUAUAUCAUAUGUGGAACACGAAUUAAUCUUACCAGUCUUCGAGUUGUUUCUAUUAAUGAAGCAAAAAAAUUUGCAGAAGAGAAUGGUUGUGUUUACGUUGAAAUAGGAGAACAAGUCGACUCGUUGACAAAUAUCCUCAGAAAAACAGAAAUACCCCAAAACAAAAAUGUCUUGUUGUGGGUGACGUCUAUUUGUAAGUCAAUGGACCAAUCUAAUGCAAAACCCACAAAUUAUUAUUUUGCUUUGGAACUUUAA